ACAGUUUUUGAAGUGAAUCUGACUGAAUUCUCACGCAACGAAGAUGUUUUUCAUUACAAUUCGAGAAUCGUUGAAAUGUAUUGUUCACCUCAUGCAGUCCUUUAGUUGCGAUUGAUCGAUUAAAAAUGUAUAUAUAGAGUUGAAAUUUGUUUUUGUGCUACGUAAAUAAAUUUUUUAAUUAGCUGUUUUUGACUUAUAAAAAGCGUCAAUCUUGCGACAAUCGUAAUGGGUUAAUUCUUCGCGUUGGUUAAUGGCAAACACUGUAAACAAAUCAUGGCUAGCUAUUUAAAUAUGUGAGUCAGAGAUGCAUUUAACACAUUUCGGUAUUGGUUCAUUAUAUAGUGUCAAGGAGAGGCUGUGACUACUUCGUUAUCUGGAAUCUAUUAUCUUGCUGCGGAGUUUAAAUCGAAAUCCGUAGAAUAUAAUUUUAACCAUGGCUUCUCCGCAAAACCAACACCCUCAGAGUAUGGGAUCGACAAAUGUCAUAUUCCGAACUGAUAUACGCUUUGAUGCAAGUUAUCUGAGGUCCACACCGGGAAUUUUUAAAGCAACUGCUAUCGUCCUCAACCUUCUCGGCUUCAUUUGCAUACAAUCAUCAGCGUUCUGGUCGAACGGACGAGGCGUGUACUUCAACGUUGUCGCACAUUUGGGUCUCUGGUUCACCGGUAUCUUGCUCGUGAUGUAUCUUUUCCACGUGGUUGAGAAAUACCACAACUUCAUGUGGCUGAAGGUUGAGAUGAUCGCGUGCGGGAUAAUCUCAUUCCUGUAUUUGAUAGCGUCUACUAUCGUAGUUGCUUUUGGAUCGGCCGCGUAUUCCGCUGCUGGGUUCUUCGGUUACCUGGCGAUGGUUCUAUACGGCUUCGACGCAUUUCUGAAAGGUCGGGCCAUAAAGGCUGGGGAGCUCGCACAGGGCUCUUUCGUGCACACCAAACAGACACAUGUCACCACUCCACCUGCGCUGCCCUAACGCGUGACGUCACCUCGGUAUGACCACUCCUCAGACACCAGAUGCUCAAACACGUAGCAAUUGAUACUAAGAUCAAAUUGUAAUUUAUUUUAUUAAAAAAUGUUCUUUGUAUGUCUACGUAAUUUGUAAAUAUAAUGAAUUUUAAUUUAUGAAUUUCAAAGGCAAAAUUGAAUAGACACGCGCGUUCCAUCUUAGACAAUAGUUACCAUCGGGUAUGAUUGUAGUCAAGGGUAUGUCUAUUCCAAAUUUAAUGUUAAAAAAAAAUCAUUAAGCCCUCCAUAUCAAUUAAAAGUUUCUAAAAAAGUGAAAUGACACCUUUUUUCCAUCUAAUUAUUUCGUUGCAAUU